UGAUUAGUUUGAUUGUUUUCUUUAUUUAGUGUUAACAUUUACCUCUUUUAUUGUUGAUCAAAGUGUUCCAAUUAAAGUAAUUAGAAUUAAAUUCUACUUAAAAUUGUAAGGUUAAAUUCUAACCUAGAAAGAGUUAUCACUUUGUUCCUUGUCAUCGUCACCAUUCAUUUUCUUUUCUCUUUUUUUCCUCCUACAUUUUUCUUAUUAUUUUCUAUUCUAAAUUUGUUUUUUUCUUUCGCAAUUUGUCUGGUUUUUCUUUUAAAGUGAUUCUUUUGCAAUUGUUUAAUUCUAUUUGGUGGUUAAUCAAAAAUUGAUCUGUGAUCCGAAAUUUGGUUCUUCUUUUUAUAUACCAGUGUGAUUGUUUUCUCCUUCUUCUUCUUGUUUGUUUGUUUUUUCUUCUUCUGAUUGAUUUUUCUAUUUUGUUCUAUUCUCUUCCUUUUUGAAGUUUAUUUGAUUUUUUUCUCUUGGAAUUUUUACUUUCGUGAUGAUUAACCGAUGGGUAAUAUCUUAUAUCGAACGAGAGAUGACGAGGUAGAAGAAGAAUCAGUUAACCAGUCAUCAACUAUCCAUAAACACCAUGGAUACAUUUACCCACCUAAGACAGGUUUCUAUUUUGGAAGUAGCUUCUUUAUGGGCGGUGAAAAAUUUGAAACAGGUACACCGGAAACUUACCUGUUCGGUGACAACUCAGAUCUUAAUUUUUUAGGCCCUAAAUUGAUGCCAUUUCCUUACCUGGCACCAUUACCAGAUGAACCGACCCGAUCACUUCGGGUAUUAGUCAACAUCCGUAAGGAGACCCUACGAUUAGUCAAAAUUCCGACAGCUACAAAUGAGGUUGACAUAUCUUCUGAAACAAUUGAAAUUAAUCCUAAACCAGCCAAAGUAAAUUGUAGCUCUACAAUUACAGAUUAUAACAGUGAUUGUAAUAAAAUCUUCAACAAAAGACUAGAAAGUAAUGGAUUAACUGGAAAGAUUCAUUCAGAUGAUCAUGAACUGAAAGAGUUUCCAACUUCAUCUACAUCAACUGCCGCUUUAACAACCAUAUCUUUAUCAUCACAACAAGAAUCAUCAAUCUCAAUUGUAUCUUCAUCAUCUUCACCAUCAUCAUCAUCUUUAGAUUUAUCACCCGAUCAAUUGUAUACAAUUGAGUUUACCUUUGAUUCGGAUGUUAAAUGUUCUGUAACAAUUUAUUACCUUGCAGUUGAAGAAUCAACUCCAAGUGGUAAUAUUUAUGUCCCUCGAGAUCCGACCUACAAAACGGCCACUUACCAUUAUCCCAUAGGCGCUGGUCAAAUUUUCUCACAACCAUCACUUAUCUUUAAUCCAACUUUAUUCAAUGAAGAUGACCUUUUGUAUCGAGCUAUCGAUGAAUUUGGUAAUUUUGAUCCAACUGUACCUUUUCCCGUUGUAAUACAGUUAAAUGCUGAAGAAGGAUCUGAACCUCGACAAUCACAUUCACUAAUUGCGACAGUUGAAAGAAACAAUGAGAAACAAUUUUACAUAAAACCCUUUAAACAGAAAAUAAUCAUCGAUGGACUUGCUUAUCUAAUUCAAGAAGUUUAUGGAAUUGAGAAUAAGAAUCCAAUCCAUUCAUCUACUGGUAAUGGAGGAAAAGCUUCAUUUUAUUCAUCGGAUGAAGAUAUUGAAGAUAAUGGAUCAGAAUGUGUUAUUUGUAUGUCCGAAUCGAGGGACACUCUGAUUUUGCCUUGUCGUCAUUUGUGCCUUUGUAAUGCUUGUGCUGAUUCACUUCGUUAUCAGGCCAACAAUUGUCCCAUUUGUCGAUCACCGUUUCGAGCCUUGUUACGAUUCCGAGCCAUUCGUAAGGUCACUAAUAAUACUCACGGUUCAACCAACACCAAAGUAAUUGUCACUCAACCAGCAAUCGAACCUUCAAAACCCUCAUCGUCAUCAUCUAAAAACAAACUCAGAUCCACUCGUUCAACACCAUCAUCACGUCCCAAUACAACAAUACCCAAUAAUAAUAAUGCCACUUCGGGAAGUACCAAUAGUUCAAAAAGUGAACCACCUCCAGGUUAUGAGCCAGUACCAUUGAUCGAAGCGCUUAAUGGUCCAGCUCAAUCAUCUUCAUCCCGUCCCGAUGAAUCAAAUCAUCAUGGUUUUCAGAGUAGCUUUGACGAUGAAGAUGCUGUUCGAGUUUCAUUGAGCGACAGUUGAGUAAUCGCUUCGGUGCCCAAGAAAUACUCAAACUGUUCAAAAAUUCACAUCGAGAAUAUUAAAUUAUUAUUAAUAUAUGAGAGAGAGAAAAAAGUUUCGAUAUAAUUACUUUUUUUCUCUUGAAUAUUCAAGACAAUUGAGAUUUAAUCUAAUAAGAUAUUCUCAUUAAUGCAAUACACUAAGAUCUGAUGACCAAAAAUUUCGUGUGUCGUUUAUUGUAACAGUUACAAUGAGGAAGAUAAUUACUCUUAACUUACGAUCUUCAUAAAUGUAAAUUUUAUCAAACAAUUUGUACAUUAAUCAUUGAGAAAAAAAGUAGUGCCUUAUAAUACACAAUUUAACCACAUCUCACAUCACGUUGAUUGGAAAUCCUUAAUCACUUGUCCAACAAUUGAAAUUAUUACAAACAAACCAAAAAAAAACGCAAAUCAAGUAACAUCGAUAAAUUGUUUCUAUUAUUGUUGUUGUUGUUGUUUAACAUCAUCAACUUUACUCUCACAAUUAAAAUUAAAACUACAAUUGAUAUUCCAAA